UUGAUCGACACAAGGAAGGUUUCAACUCAGCUUAUGGAAAUUUUCAUACAGUGUUUAUACAGUGAUUUUCAUACAGUGAGUUAUUUCCGCAUUUAGUUUCCCCAGUACCACCCUACACAGUCUCCCCGACCUUCACAGUAAACCUUUGUUAUAAACAUAUAUUCGGAUAUUUGAAUCAGUGACCCGAGGAGCUUGUUUUGUGAUCCGAGAUGUUUAGAUGACGAAGCCUAAUAUGACAAGACCGGGACCUGUUUUACUGUUUCUACUGACCAUUUUUAUUUCAAGCCUUCCCAGAGAACGCUAUUCAGUAACAUCUUGUGGAGCUUUACCAUUCCAGUGCAACCCUCCCUGUCUUGUUAUAUCAACUACGACAGAAAUCGUAGCGUUGGAUUUUGACAAUGUUACAAGUUAUCAGAUCAUUACGAGUAUUUCGAGAGCUGUUGCCGUAGAUGUCCAUUUUAGCCUAGGCUACAUAUUUUGGAGUGACGUAACAGAGUAUAAAAUCAAACGAUCCUGCAUUGAUGGUACAAACGUUACAGUAAUAAAUGAUAACGUCGGAGUUUGUGACGGACUUGCUUUGGAAUGGAAAUCAUCACAACUUUUCUGGACUGAUACGACUAAUAAUACGAUAUCGGCAUCAGACUUGGAGGGGAAUAACAUACGUAUUCUGGUUUCUGCGAGUCUUGAUGAGCCAAGAGGAAUUGCUCUUGAUCCGGAACAACGCUUGAUGUUCUGGACCGACUGGGGAUCAACGCCAAAAAUAGAGAAAUCAUCUUUAAAUGGAACCCAGCGUGUUACAUUGGUAACGUCCAAUCUUCAAUGGCCAAACGGUAUCACCCUCGAUAGACUAAGCAGGCUUGUCUUCUGGGUGGAUGCAGGGAUGGACAGAGUAGAAUCCAUCGAUUACCAUGGCAACAACAGAAAUUUGCUUUAUCAGCAAGCCGGCUUCCACUUUUUUGCGGUAACUUUCCUCUCUCCGUAUCUGUUCGUCUCGGAAUGGGCAAGCACAAGCGUUUUCAAACUAAACGCUUCCAGUGGAGUAACUGAAGGAAAUGUUUUCUUCGUUGGCAUAGAUAAACUAAUGGGACUCGUGCCGUAUGACAGUUCCUGGCAAUUACCAGUAAACAGGUGUCCGACGUUGCCUGCACCGUCCAAUGGUACAAGACUUGGAUGUCCAGAGAAUGCAACAAUAUAUUAUGACACUGUCUGUCAGUUCUCGUGUAAUGAUGGCUAUAUAGGAUCUGGGUCUCAAGCAAGGAGAUGUCAACACAAUGGAACUUGGAGUGGACAAGAUUUCACUUGUCAAAUUAUCAACUGCACGUCCCUGACAGUAGAUCCAGGAGGUCCAGUGCGCAUGAGCAGCUGUUAUAAUCAUUAUGGAGCACAAUGUAUCUUUUCUUGCGCAAUUGGCUAUCGUUUGAAUGGCUCGUCAACGGUCACGUGCGUUGCCCCUGCCAACCAACAUCCUGGAGUAUGGAACAAUACGAUACCCAGAUGUGAAGGUAAACUCNUCGCAAUGUUGCCCGCUCAUGUUGCCACGCGACUGCACAUUUAA